AUGGCGACAGAUCACAUUGGCCGACUGCCCGCGGAGCUGAAAUGCGCAGUCGUGCGCUAUCUGUUCCUCAAGGAUCGGCAAGCAGUCUCGCUCAUAAACAGGGAUUGGGCCGUCGUCGCGAUGCCCAUCAUGUGGGAAACUUUUACCACGGACCUACUCGUCAAGACUGGCCCGGGCUCACGAAAUGUGCGCGGUUUAGCAUCCCCCUCCUCGAACAUCGUCAAGCACGUCCGCAAGAUCAACCUCCUCGACCGACCAAACGCGUUCAAAGAAGCAGACCAACUGCCACAAUUACUCGCUGCUAUCUCUCGCGGACAACUAUGUGGCUUCAAGAGCGGAAGUGGGGUACCUAUCAGUACGCUCGAGCUCCUACUGCAGAUACACCCGAAACUCGAACAUUUUAUCAUCCCUGGUACCCAGAUGUCGCAGAUAUUACAAUCGCCCUGGACUGGUUCAUCCUUAUCAAGCCUCACCCAUAUGGAAGUCUCUAUAAAUACGCUCACCCCACGAGAGUUUCGGAAGCUAUGGGUGCGAUGUCCUAAGCUGACGCAUAUCCAUAUGAUGCAGAGUGAACCUGUCACGUCGACGUCAAUCAGCUUGCAAGAAGGCCAUUUCGGGGUCGAUACGACAUCUGCAGUCCCACAAGGUGGAUCAGACACGACGCAGUCGGACAAGGUCAACCUUCAACUAAGCAGCCUUCAUAUCGGUGCUCUCAUCCUCCCUGCGACUUUUGGCACCAUGUUCCAGCGGAUAGACAUUAUUGCCCUCACCGAGCUCGUCCUUGUUGAUACCGGACGCGUCGCUGAGCUGCUGGAAGCUAUGUGCUCUGAAUUCCAGAAGCGAGAACCCUCUCUAAGGAAGCUGCGGCUUCUCAGAACGCAUGAGGUCUCGUCGAAUGACAUCCUGCUACAGCUACGGUUGUUCUUACUCUCUUUCCAUGGACUGCGCCAGCUACACUUCCAGUGCGGUAAUUGCGUCAAGAUCGAUGUCGAUGGCAUCAUCAACCACGGGGAGACACUCACGGACCUACUCAUUGUCAACGGAGGUACCCACCGGCAAGACGCCACCAGAUGUAUGAGCGCAGAAGAUAUGCGGAAGAUCGCUAUCGCAUGUCCAAGCCUAGAGCAACUAUGCCUCAACCUAUACGAGAUCGACCCAGAUACUCCAGAAGGAGACUUCCUCAGCCAGAAAACAUCCGUACUUUCAGCAUCAACCGAGUUCGAGAGGGCUUUGAGCGCUAUUGCCAGCAAGAAAAGCCUGCGGCUACUACGCUUGACAAACCCGCUUAACUACCGCAAAGCUUACCACCGCCAAGGAGAGUUCAUGCGCUUCUUCCGCCGAUCUCUUGAGAGCGGAGAGCAGCGCUACGCGUUCCAAGCCCGAGCGGACAGCAUCGUACGAUAUAUGGGUGACCGUGGCUCGAACAUCAGACUUCUCGCAUUCUCCCCCAUGGAGUCGCUGACGAAGGCUGCCACAGCGGACAAGAACGGCCAUGUCUGGCCCCGCUAUUUCUACUCCUGCGAGCGGAUGAAGGGAAAUCGAGGUACGGAGGUCUCAAUCACGAGGGCGGUGAGGGACUGGAAGGCAGAGAUGCCGGAGGCUACUAUACUAAACGAGGGAUGA